AUGACGCUCACUGACCUCGUUGCUCUCAACCCAAACUAUACUGGGUUUGACUCAAUCACUUGGUAUGUGGGGAACGCUCUUCAAGCUUCAUCAUUUUUCGUUACCCGCUUCGGAUUUCAAGUGAUCGCCUAUCGCGGGCCCGAAACUGGCUCACAUUUGAUAUCCGCGUAUGUACUAUCGAAUGGCAGCGCAGUAAUGCUGUUCAUGGCACCUAUUCGUGGCCUUGGAGACACCAAAGAUGCGAGGGCAUCUAAGGAGGAUGAUCAACUUCUCAGGGAAAUCCACACUCAUUUGACAAAGCAUGGGGAUGGAGUCAAGGACAUUGCUUUUGGGGUUAGCAACGUCCAUCAAGUUUGGCAGUAUGCUGUUGCAAACGGUGCUAAGUCCAUUCAAAGCCCCCGGGUGCUAGUAGAACCUGACCUUGGUGAGGUCUGCUGCGCCAUAAUCGGCACUUACGGCGAUACCACCCAUUCUCUCAUUGAUCGCAGUCGGUACAAAGGGGUUUUUCAACCAGGAUUUCGUCCAGUUACGCUAUCAGAUCCAGUGAAUGAUAUACUACCGGCGGUGGAGUUUAUUGAUAUCGAUCACUGCGUAGGCAAUCAGCCAUGGGGUGGACUGGAGACGACCGUCAAAUUUUAUGAACAAGCACUAGAUUUCCGUCGGUAUUGGACAGUCGACGAUAGGGAGAUGUGCUCGGAAUACUCGGCGAUGCGUUCUGUCGUUGUGGCAUCGCCAAAUGAAGUGAUCAAGAUGCCCCUGAACGAGCCGGCAGUGGGCAAGAAAAAGUCACAAAUCGAAGAAUUCGUCGACUAUUACAAUGGAGCUGGCUGUCAACAUAUCGCCUUUAGCACCAAAGAUAUCGUUGAAACGGUCAACCAUCUUGCGAAACGAGGUGUACACUUUUUAAAAGUUCCAGAGUCAUACUAUGUUACCCUGCGCCAACGACUGCAAGGGAAACAUGCCAAGGUAGCAGAGCAGCUCAACAUUCUUCAAAAGUCGAACAUCUUGGUAGACUUUGACGAAGGUGGCUACCUGUUGCAAAUUUUUGCCAAGCAUGUGUUGGACCGCCCGACUGUGUUCAUUGAAAUCAUCCAGAGGGAAAACUUCGAUGGUUUUGGGGCAGGGAAUUUCAAGAGCCUGUUCACAGCCUUUGAGCAGGAACAGGCAUCCAGGGGAAACCUAUGA